UACUUUAACUCAUUCUAAAACUACUCCGUACCUACCAAUAACCAAACCAAGCAUCUUCUUUGACCAACACUGCUGCACUACACCUUUCUCCGACGGGCAUCCCGAAGACACUCUCCCCCUCCCUAAAAUGUCAAUCUCGCUCCUUCCAAAACCCUUCCUCUCCACCCCUCUCCCUUCCUCCACCACCAUCGCCACCUCACGCCCUUCUAUUUUCCUCUCUGUCAAAGCCUCCGCCGCUUCCACCACCACUCCAUCACCGGUAAAACUCACCAAAGACUACUCCGUCGAAUCAGUAAAGGCGCGUCAGAUCAUCGACAGCCGUGGAAAUCCUACCGUCGAAGUCGAUCUUUUCACCGGUGACGGCCAUCUUUACCGUUCCGCAGUUCCUAGUGGCGCUUCUACUGGGAUCUAUGAAGCUCUUGAGCUUCGCGAUGGUGAUAAAUCUGUUUAUGGCGGUAAAGGUGUACUUCAUGCUGUAAAUAACAUUAAUCAGGUCUUGGCCCCUAAACUCAUUGGCGUCGACGUUAGGGAUCAAGCUAAUGUUGAUGCCCUCAUGUUGGAGAUUGAUGGAACUCAAAACAAGUCGAAAUUAGGAGCUAAUGCCAUGUUGGGCGUCUCUCUAAGUGUUUGUAGAGCUGGUGCAGGGGCGAAGAGGAUGCCCUUGUACAAGCAUAUACAGGAAAUAUCAGGAACCAAGGAGCUUGUUAUGCCCGUUCCCGCAUUUAACGUGAUAAAUGGAGGGAGCCAUGCAGGCAAUAACUUGGCCAUGCAAGAGUUUAUGAUAUUACCACUUGGUGCAUCAUCUUUCGCAGAAGCUCUUCGCAUGGGAAGUGAAGUAUAUCACAUACUGAAGGGAAUUAUCAAAGCAAAGUAUGGACAAGAUGCUUGCAAUGUAGGAGAUGAAGGUGGUUUUGCCCCAAAUGUUCAAGAUAACCGCGAGGGACUGAUCUUACUUAUGGAAGCAAUUGAGAAGGCUGGUUAUACUGGCAAGAUCAAAAUUGGGAUGGAUGUUGCAGCUUCUGAGUUUUAUACCAAGGAUGGAAAAUAUGAUCUAGAUUUCAAGAAACAGCCAAAUGAUGGAUCUCAUGUGCAUACAGCUCAAAGUCUUGGUGACCUCUACAAAGAAUUCGUCAGAGAUUUUCCUAUUGUUUCAAUUGAAGAUCCAUUUGACCAAGAUGACUGGAAUUCAUGGGCUUCACUACAAUCUUCAGUAGACAUCCAACUGGUAGGAGAUGAUUUGCUUGUGACUAAUCCAAAGAGAAUUGCUGAAGGGAUUGAGAAAAAGGCAUGCAAUGCUCUUUUAUUAAAGGUUAACCAAAUUGGUACAGUAACUGAAUCCAUUCAAGCUGCCUUGGACUCAAAAGCUGCUGGAUGGGGUGUCAUGGUCAGCCACCGCAGUGGUGAAACCGAGGACAAUUUUAUUGCAGAUCUUUCUGUUGGCCUGGCUAGUGGACAAAUCAAAACAGGUGCUCCUUGCCGCAGUGAGAGGUUAGCCAAAUACAACCAGCUUUUGCGCAUUGAAGAGGAGCUUGGAAACGUACGUUAUGCUGGCGAAGCUUUUAGGUCCCCAUAGAAAUGGAGAUUUGUCCACAAAUUCAUUGUUGUUAAAUAACCAGAUGAGGGUGUCAACGUGCUUUCAAUAUACUAAGGUCGUAGACUGGAAAAUUCGAAGUCGACGAGUCUAGUAUCAUGAGAAUUUUUGUGGAAUUUGUUACAAAUAAUAAUUUGAGUGUAACCUUGUGAGCUGCGAUCUAUAGUAUUUUACCAUGAUUUAUUUUUUCCACUAGUUGCUGGUGUAGAAAAUUAUUGUUGUCUUACAAUACUCCGUAUCAUUGAUGAGCACUGCAAGUUAUGAACUUGGCACGCUAUGAGUUUAUGUA